CCUGGGCAUCAUGAGUUAUUUCCUGUCUUACUGCAAAGCUCAUGGCGGCGCGCUGCUCACAGGCUACCAGGCCCUGCGCGCCGAGGGCUUCCUGUGCGACGUGACGCUGGAGGCCGAGGGCAGCGAGUUUCCCGCGCACAGGUCGCUCCUCGCGUGUUCCAGCGACUACUUCAGGGCCCUGUUCAAGAGCCACACUCGGGAAUCGCGAGCGCGCGUGAUCCACCUGCACGUGCCGUCGGCGGCCGGCCUGCAGCGCCUGCUGGACUUUAUCUACACCGCCUGGCUGCCGCUCUCCAUGGACACCGUGGAGGACACGCUGGAGGCUGCCAGCUACCUGCAGGUCACCGAGGCCCUGGGGCUGUGCGGCCGCUACCUGGAGCGCCAGCUGGACCCGGAGAACUGCUGCUUCGCCGCCAACGUGGCGGCGCGCUUCGGCCUGGUGCACACGCUGGACGCGGCCGAGCGCUGCAUCGUGCGCCACCUGAGGGAGCUGCUGGCGCGGGGCGCGGGCCCCGCGGGAUUGCUGGAGCUCAACCCCACGUCGCUGAGGGCCGUGCUGGGCGCCCCCGACGUGGCGCGGGUGCCUGAGGCCCGGCUACUGGGCCUGGCGCUGGCCUGGCUGCGGCAGGAGCCCGAGACCGAACGCCUGGCUCACUGCGCCGUGCUGCUGGAGCGCGUCCGCUUCGGCCUGGUGCCAGCCGACGUGCUGCGGCGCGUGUACUCGGGCUCUGGCAUCGCGCUGCCCGCCCGGGUCAAGGGCCUCAUCAUCCAGGCCCUCAACUACCACACGGCGCCUUCCCGCCAGCCGCUCGUGCAGGGCGAGCAGACCAGCGUCCGGAGCCCCCAAACCCGCAUCUUGUUGGUCGGAGGGCGCAGGGGGCGGGAGGCGGUGAUCGAGGAGGUCGCGGCCCCGCGGGUGGCAGCCAGGGGGAGGGUCGCUGUGGCGGAGCCCGAGGAGGAGGAAGAGGAGGAAGAGGAGCAGUUGGAGGAGGAGGAGGAAGAGUGGGAGCUCACCCAGGACGUGGUGGCCUUCGACGUGUACAACCACCGCUGGCGCAGCCUCACGCGACUGCCCGCACCGCUGUUGGGGCACAGCGUGUGCGCCGCGGGCAACUUCCUAUUCGUCCUGGGCGGGGAAAACCCUUCGGGCGGCGCCUCCUCUGCCCUGGCCGACGGCCCGCGGACGGUCUCGGCCCAAGUGCACCGUUACGACCCGCGCUUCCAUGCAUGGACAGCGGUGCCCGCCAUGCGAGAAGCGCGGGCCCACUUCUGGUGCGGCGCCGUGGCCGAGGGGCUCCUGGCCGUCGGGGGCCUGGGGGCGGGCGGCGAGGCGCUGGCCUCGGUGGAGAUGUACGACCUGCGCCGGGACCGCUGGACGGCGGCCGAGGCGCUGCCGCGGGCGCUUCAUGGCCACGCGGGGGCCGUCGGGGACCGCGGCGUCGUGUACAUCUCCGGGGGCAAGGCAGAGAGAGGCGAGGGCGGCGCGAGCAGCCUCCGGGACUUGUACACCCUGGGCCCAGGGGAGCGGGCGUGGAGCAAGAGGGCACCCAUGGGCACGGCCCGCUUCGGGCACCACAUGGCGGCACUGCGCGGCGCGGUGUUCGCCUUUCUGGGGCGCUACGAGCCCUUCUCCGAGAUCGAACGCUACGACCCCGGCACCGACCAGUGGACUCGGCUGCGGCCGCUCCCCUACGACCGCUUCUGCUAUGGGCUGGCCGUGGUGGAGGAGACAGUGCUGCUGCUGGGCGGCCUCAAGUGGCGGGAGUCGCGCCAGGUGCCUACCCGCAACGUGGUGGGCUAUGACCUUGACCUGGACCGCUGGGAGGACAUCGGCUGCGCGCUGCCCUGGGCCUGGAGCGGCGUGCAGUGCGCAGUGCUGCAGCUGGCCGAGGGUGGGGACGAGGAGAGGGAGGGAGAGUCUGGAGAGGCGCCAGAUUUAAUGCUGGGCUUAAUGGGUUAGUGCAGUCCCCGGACCACGGAGAAAGUCGCGCUUGACCAGGCUUUCAGAGCAACACGUGGGCUUUUCCUAAGAAUGGGACUCUGGGAGCAGAGUGGCUUCUGAAGGUUAAGGAGGCAAACAAGGGCUUGGCCAAGGAGGAACAUUUCCCCUUAAGCUGAGAAUGGGAGACAGGAGGGGUCAAAUAGGAUAUACAAUCAGCUUCAGUGAGCUGGGGAUUUUUAGAAAUUCUCAUGCUGGGCUAGAGAUGGACUUUCGAAAAUAAAAUAUGACCCUAUUUUCCCUUUAGGUGCUAAACAGUGAUUACUUUUGUGCCAAACAAACGCCAAAAAAUGUACCAUAAGUUAUAUACAAGACCCAGAAAAUUGUUAGCUAUAAAGACUGUAAUAAAUAAUCCUAGAAGAUGGCAUUAUCUGAAUAAAUAGUGAAGGGAAAAUGCCUGGGUUAAACAGCAUGAAAUCAUUGUAAGGAGAUUAUGAUUUUAUGAUCCAGAACCAUGGUUAUAGUUCUGCUCUGAUGGUUUAAUACAAAUAUGGAACUGAGAGGGAAAAAAAUCUCUAAGAAAGCACCUUUUUGGGGGAGAAGAUAGCCUAACUUAAGUUUUUCUGUCCCUCAUCCUUACUUACCCCUAGUCUGCUUUUGCUUAGCUUUAGGCAGCUCAUUGGUUUUAAGUUUUAUUUCAGCAACCCUUAGCCAUAAUAAUCAGGCUCAUCUGGUUCAGUAGAACAUCUAACAAGAACAAAACAAAACCCUAUUUUUUCAUCCUCUUUAAAUGUUCCUUCUGCAGACAUGCUGUAAGUUGUAUUUGUAAAAAAAAGAUAAAAAAAUUAACUUAUUUUUGGCGGUUCUCCCCCCCCUUCCCAAAAGAAUCACGGAGACAGGAAAGAGGAGUAGCUGAAAUUUUAAAGUUCAUGUCAGAUAAAUGGGAAACCAGCUUGAUUUUGCAGGAUCUCAGAGAAGGUACUUAUAUAGCUGAAUGGGUACUUCUGUUUUGUUCCACCAAUGGAGUGGUCAUGGGGGGG